CUCGGGGCCGGCCCGGGGGUCCCCCAGCCCCCUCCGGGCGGGCGCGGGGUCAAACAUUAACCCGGGCGGGUUAACUGGUCACCGAUUGUCCCCGCGGGGCCGGGCGGGCCCCCCGCGCCACCCCCCGCCAUAAAAGUGGGGCCGCGGCGGCCGCCCCGCAGCCUGCGAGCCCCCAGACCCACCAUGAGCAGCCCGAGGGCGGACCCCGACUCCUCCGAGGAGCCCAAACCCGGCAAGGCCAAGACCGAGUUCCGCAACUACACCGAGGGGAAGCUGAUCGAGCGCGUGUACAACACCUACCUGCUCAUGCACACCCACCAGACCGUGGAGUUCGUCCGCAGGAAGAGCGCCCAGUACGGCUCCUGCUCGCUGCGGAGGAUGAGCGUGAUGGAGGCGCUGCAGCUGCUGGACCAGCUCGUGGACGAGUCGGACCCCGACGUGGAUUUCCCCAACUCCUUCCACGCCUUCCAGACGGCCGAGGGCAUCCGCCGGGCGCACCCCGACAAAGGUAGGGCCGGAGCCCGGCCGGGUCCCCGCCGGGUCCCGGCGCCGCGGGUGACGCGGCCCCGCUCGCCCCCAGACUGGUUCCACCUCGUGGGGCUCCUGCACGACCUGGGCAAGGUGCUGGCGCUGUUCGGGGAGCCGCAGUGGGCUGUGGUCGGGGACACCUUCCCGGUGGGCUGCAGGGUGCAGAAGUCGGUGGUCUACGGGGACUCCACCUUCCACGACAACCCCGACACCAAAGACCCCCGGUACAGCACCGAGUACGGGAUGUACCAGCCCGGCUGCGGCCUGGACAACGUCCUCAUGUCCUGGGGCCACGAUGAGUACAUGUACCAAGUGAUGAAGUUCAACAACUUCGCCCUGCCCAAGGAGGCCUUCUACAUGGUUCGCUUCCACUCCUUCUACCCCUGGCACGCCCACGGCGACUACGGGCACCUGUGCUCGGAGGAGGACCGGCGCAUGCUGCCCUGGGUCCGCGAGCUCAACAAGUUCGACCUGUACACCAAGCAGGAGGAGCUGCCCGACGUGCAGCAGCUCCGCGCUUACUACCAGGGCCUCAUCGACAAAUACUGCCCGGGGCAGCUCUGCUGGUGACCCCACACCCUGCCGGGACCCCAAACCCUGCAGGACCCCCGAAUCCUGCCCCAAAACCCUACCCCCCAAACCCUGCAGGUCC